AACCCCAAUAACUGGAACACCAUCCUCCCCAUAGCCAGCCAUAAAAUCUGAAGGAAACCUGAUAAACCUAUAGCUGUUACAAAGCUGUCCCCUUAUGUAAUCCCAGUGAGUUCCAAACAGACACAACAAAAACAAUUUUGAGAUAGGCCUUUUCUUCUUCCUCCUCCUGCUCGAGCUGUAUUCUCUCUAUUUAUAACACUCUUUUUAUUAGCCUUGUUGUCCUCAAGGAGAACCACUUAGUUCAAUCCCCUUCACAGUACGGACAAGAGGUCAUAUAUAGAUAGGUUUCAAGCCUCUGACUGGAGGAGGGAGAUAAGGAGGAAGUCGCCCAAUGUUAGGUUCGCCAUCGCCGGCUCCCCCGCCACUUCUGGGUGGCACUACCGUCUCAUCGCCCGCUCCGCAACCAUUCAGUUCGCCUCACAAUGCCACUAACACCAAGAAAAAGCGAAGGCCGGCCGGCACUCCAGAUCCGGACGCGGAGGUGGUAUCGCUGUCGCCGAGGACGCUGCUGGAGUCGGACCGGUACGUGUGCGAGAUCUGCAACCAGGGGUUUCAGAGGGACCAGAACCUGCAGAUGCACCGGCGGCGGCACAAGGUGCCGUGGAAGCUGCUGAAGCGGGAGGCGUCGGAGGUGCGGAAGCGGGUGUUCGUGUGCCCCGAGCCGACCUGCCUGCACCACGACCCGUGCCACGCCCUCGGCGACCUGGUCGGGAUCAAGAAGCACUUCCGGCGCAAGCACAGCAGCCACAGGCAGUGGGUCUGCGCCAAGUGCUCCAAGGCCUACGCGGUGCAGUCCGACUACAAGGCCCACCUCAAGACCUGCGGCACCCGCGGCCACUCCUGCGACUGCGGCCGCGUCUUCUCCAGGGUGGAGAGCUUCAUCGAGCACCAAGACACAUGCACUGCUGGCCGAGCUCGAGCCGAGCUCCACAUGUCCCAGCCGCCGGCAUGCUUGUCUACGACGGCUUCCAGCCCGAGUCCAUCGAGCGACACCAACUUCAGCCCCACAAUGUGGCCCGGCCUAAGAACGCCGAAUCCGGCGGCCGCGCUCUUCCUCACCCGGCCGGAUCAACCUUCCUCGUCGCAGCAAGAUCAGAACCGUACUCAGAACAUCGAGCUCCAGCUUCUACCUCCAUCCAAUAACCAGCAGGCCGCCCUCCCUUCGGCCGUAUUAUCUCCUAUAACUGAUGAAGCUAAGGUCACCAAAUUGCAACUCUCGCUAGGGCCUGCGGCUCGCCGCGCUCCUAAUUCUGAGGACACGCAAUUGGCUUCCACAAGACUCAAAGCCGAGACGAUGGAGCAGCUGAAGCUCGCCGUGGCUGAGAAGGCAUUGGCCGACGAGGCGAGGCAGCAAGCAAGGAGACAGCUCGAGUUAGCGGAGCGCGAGUUCGAGAACGCCAAGCGGAUCCGGCAACAGGCGCAGCUGGAGCUGAAUCGAGCUCACGCCAUUAGGGAGCGUGCCGUGAAGCAGAUCAACUCGACGCUGCUGCAGAUCACCUGCUUCGCCUGCAGGCAGCAGUUCCGGGCCAAGCCCGGGAUGGCCUCCGAGGAGAAUUCUUUCGUCGUGAGCUACAUGUCGUCGGUGGUGACCGAGGGUGAAGAAGAGAACGAGGAGCAUAACCACCCAGAGAAGGUCUCAAAAUCGUAGCUUCCCAGUAUUAUUUUGGGUUCCAAGUAGCGUUUUCCUUCGUUUCCGGUAUUGGGUGAUGACUGUAAUUAAAUUACCUUCAAUGUUCAAUGUGCACGUCAAGAGUGUUACUGUGACAUGCAGUUGUGCUUCUCCUUUCCUAGUUGGAUGAUGAUUACUUUUCCUUUCUCA